GCACUACUCUCCGACUGGUUCCCUCUCUUGCUGCUAAGCCCGCCACCGGAGCCAAGUCAGACAUGGGGGGAGGGGAAGGUGGACAAGAGAAGUCGUUCAAUUUCCUUCAGGUUUUGCUCGAGGGCAGCAUAGCUGGAGGAACCGCUGGUGUUGUCGUGGAAACAGCCCUGUACCCUAUCGAUACUAUUAAGACCAGGCUUCAGGCUGCUCGAGGCGGAAGCCGGAUUGAAUGGAAAGGCUUGUAUUCUGGAUUAGCUGGAAAUCUUGCUGGCGUCCUCCCGGCCUCUGCAAUUUUUGUUGGAGUGUAUGAACCAACUAAAAGAAAACUACUGGAGACACUUCCUGAAAAUUUGAGUGCUGUUGCCCAUUUUACUGCAGGGGCAAUUGGUGGUAUUGCAGCUUCCCUUGUUCGUGUCCCUACAGAGGUAGUCAAACAAAGAAUGCAAACUCGUCAAUUCAAGUCUGCACCUGAUGCUGUUCGCCUCAUUGUUGCUAAAGAAGGAUUUAAAGGACUCUACGCUGGUUAUGGUUCUUUUCUACUUCGGGAUCUUCCAUUUGAUGCCAUUCAGUUCUGCAUAUAUGAGCAAAUUCGAAUUGGUUACAAACUUGUGGCAAAGAGGGAGUUGAAUGAUCCAGAGAAUGCACUUAUUGGUGCUUUUGCUGGUGCCAUUACCGGAGCUGUAACAACUCCCCUUGAUGUCAUGAAGACAAGACUAAUGGUUCAGGGACAAGGAAAUCAAUAUUCUGGAAUUGUAAGCUGUGCUCAGACAAUCCUCAGAGAGGAAGGACCAAUGGCAUUUUUAAAGGGCAUUGAGCCACGAGUGCUGUGGAUCGGCAUCGGUGGGUCCAUCUUCUUUGGUGUGCUGGAGAAAACCAAGUCGAUGCUAGCUGAGAGGAGGAACCGCGAGGUAGGGACCCUCAAGGAUGAAUGAGUGAAGAUCGCUAGAUUGAUUUAUGUUGCAUCUCAUCUCCUUUUUGCCGUUGAAUCUUCUUCUGUGUAACUAGACAUACAAAAUAAACAGUUUGCUUUACUUGGUUGUUAGCAUUUUGUUGAAAACAAUUUUGGUUGAUACAUCAUAACAGAGCAUUGUCGGUUGCAUCU